AUGCAGAAAUCUGAUCUUAUUCGCAUCACAAAGUUCACACAGGAGACAUUUUUUUUCCAUGUUCUGACUGUGGGAAAUGUUUUACUGAGAAAUCAAAUCUUAUUAAGCAUCAAAAAAUUCACACAGGAGAAAAAGAAUUUCCAUGUUCUGACUGUGGAAAAUGUUUUACUCAGAAAUCAAAUCUUAGUAAGCAUCAAAAAAUUCACACAGGAGAAAAAGAAUUUACAUGUUCUGACUGGAAAAUGUUUUACUCAGAAAUCAAAUCUUAUUAGGCAUCAUCAAAUUCACACAGUUGAAAAAGCAUUUUCAUGUUCUGAAUGUGGGAAAUGUUUUACUUGGAAAUCAAAUCUCAUUGAUCAUCAAAAAAUACAUACAGGAGAGAAAGCAUUUUCAUGUUCUGAAUGUGGGAAGUGUUUUACUCAGAAAUCAGCUCUUAUUAAGCAUCACAGAAUUCACACAGGAGAAAAAGCAUUUUCAUGUUCUGAGUGUGGGAAAUGGUUUAUGCAGAAAUCUGAUCUUAUUCGGCAUCACAUGAUUCACACAGGAGAAUUUCUUUUUUCAUGUUCUGACUGUGGGAAAUGUUUUAAUCGGAAAUCAAAUCUUAUCGAUCAUCAAAAAAUUCAUACAGGAGAGAAAGCAUUUUCAUGUUCUGAAUGUGGCAAAUGGUUUACUCUGAAAUCAUCUCUUAUUAAGCAUCACAAAGUUCACACAGGAGACAUUUUUUUUCCAUGUUCUGACUGUGGGAAAUGUUUUACUGAGAAAUCAAAUCUUAUUAAGCAUCAAAGAAUUCACACCGGAGAAAAAGAAUUUCCAUGUUCUGACUGUGGGAAAUGUUUUACUCAGAAAUCAAAUCUUAUUAAGCAUCAAAAAAUUCACACAGGAGAAAAAGAAUUUCCAUGUUCUGACUGUGGGAAAUGUUUUACUCAAAAAUCAAAUCUUAUUAGGCAUCAUAAAAUUCACACAGGAGAUAAAGAGGCCGAUUUAUGAAGCAGUGGAUGCUGCUUCCGACCCACUCCUCUUCAGUUCCGCCUUAAGCAGAAGUUAAGAAGCAGCGGUCAUAAGACCGCUGCUCCUUAACUCGUCCGCCACCUCUGAAUUGGCGGACAGCAAUCAGCCCAAUCAAAUACGAUCAGGCUGAUUGACACCCCCUUCUAGCGGACGAUUGGCCGCGAAUCUGCAGGGGGCGAGAUUGCAUCAGCAUUUCAAAAGAACUGCUGGUGCAAUACACUGUCGGCAUUUAUCGAUGUCCGUCCGCACAAUAAUAAAUUGACCCCAAAGCGUUUUCAUGUUUUGAGUGUGGGAAAUGUUUUACAAAUCUUAUUGUUCAUCAAAAAAAUCAUACAGGAGAGAAAGCAUUUUCAUGCUCUGAAUGUGGGAUACGUUAUACUCAGAGAUCAUCUCUUAUUACACAUCAAAAAAUUCACACUGAAAAAAAAGCAUUUUCAUAUUCUGUGUGUGGGAAAUGUUUUCAUCAGAAAUCAACUCUUAUUACGCAUCACAAAAUUCACACAGGAGAAAAAGCAUUUUAAUUUUCUGAGUGUGGGUAAUGUUUUACUGGGAAAUCAGAUCUUAUCAUCACAAAAUUCAUACAGGAGAGAUAACAUUUUAAUGUUUUGUCUGUGGGAAAGGUUUUAGUCGGAAAAUGGAUCUUAUUAAGCAUCAGAAAAUUCAUACAUGAAAGAAAGCAUUUUCAUGUUUUCACUGUGGAAAAUGUUUUAUUCAGAAAACACAUCUUAUUAGACAUCAAAAAAUAUAUAUUAAAGGAAAUCAGAGCUUAACUUCUUAAGUGCAGAGACACAAAGUCAUCAUUCGUACAAUGUAUAAAAUACUGUUGAUGAUUCUGGUCCUCUGGUGUACAAGCUCUUGAUGCUGUUUAAAGAUCCUUCUUCAUCUCAAGUGGUUAUGAGGUGGUCCUGAGUGUUUUUCAUCCCAAGGGGUAUCUGGAGUCCCUAUAUAGGUUUGAAUAGUCAAGUGAUCUGGCACAAAUUAAAUGUGAAUUUAUUUUAGUUUCAUGUGCAGAUCAAAGAAGUAGAAAUAUACCCAAAGGCUCUUAUUUAUAUGUUAAUAAAUCCUUCUUUGAAAUGUA